AUGGGGUCAGCUAAGGGACUAGAGAUCCAUCACCAUGACUUAUAUGAUCAGUUUGAUGUUUUUAUUGAUUAUGUUAGUUUUCUUGAAUGCAUCAUCAAUGGCUUCGCCAAACCUCAGAGUCUUAAGAUUAUUUUCCCUCUUAUUUUAGACAUCGAUGUGGAAGAGCUUGACAUUAACAAGAUAAAUAAAGAUUUAAAUCUACAUGAGGGAGACAUAAUGCAGAGCAAUCUGAGGAGCUCCAUCUCAUUGCCUGGUUAUAAGUGGGAGUCUCCAGUUCCAUGUGUAUUGGACGAAAGCCUUGACAUGAAUGCUAAAGGUGUUAUUCUGAGGGCUUUUGAGCAGUUCAGGCUGAAAACAUGUAUUGACUUCAAGCCAAGAGAAACUGAGGAUUACUACAUCAGAGUGAAAAAGUUAACAGGAUGUUGGUCUUACGUUGGAAGAGCAACUUCUGGAGGACAAGAGCUGUCUAUUGGAGCUGGCUGUGACACAAUCGCCACAGUCGAACAUGAGUUUCUUCACGCUCUGAGUUUCUUCCAUGAGCAGUCAAGAUAUGACCGAGAUGAGCAUGUUAUCAUCAACUAUGACAACAUCUUAGAAGGAAGAGAGAAUAAUUUCAAUAAAGUGGGUGCAAAUAUCAGUAGUACACUGGGCACACCGUAUGACUACAUGUCAGUGAUGCACUAUGGGAAAGAUGCCUUCACCAAUGGAAAUGGACCUACCAUCAUCACAAAGUUGCCUGAGUUUCAAGAUGUGAUUGGCCAGCGCCUAGAGAUGAGCUCUUAUGACGUAUUUGAACUGAACAAGCUUUAUGGAUGCAAUGCUUCUAUAUCAUUAGUGGAGCAUUGCAGCUUUAACAAUGAAAGUAUAUGUCAGAUGAGCCGCUGUUCCAGCAAUACAGUGGGAUGGGAGAGAGUAAGCAAUACCACUGGUGGUCCCCACACUGAUCACACCUACCUGGGCAAAGAGAAUAAUGGUGAGAUUUCAAAAUCCGCCUACUUCAUGCACUUCAGCACAGUAAAUGGUAAGCAAGGGGACACAGCAAGACUGGAGACCAAGAGAAUGACACCACGCAGAGACUGUAAAGUUCAGUGUCUGCAGUUCUUCUAUUACCACAGUGGGAAUGAAUCUGACCAGCUCAACACCUGGAUCAGAGAGUUUGACAGUGAAGAUGACACUAAUGGGACACUCAGAAUUAUGGACCAAAUCACAGGUACCAAAGCUGAUUACUGGCAGCUCCACUAUGUACCCAUGAAUGCUAAAAAGACAUUCCAGGUUGAGUUUGAAGUAUCUAAACGAGGACUAAAUUCAAAUGGUGGCUUCUCUUUGGAUGAUAUCAAUUUGUCAGAAACAGAAUGCCCUCAACAAAUCUGGCAUAUAAGGAAUUUUGAAACCCUUUUGAAUACUACACCAAGUGGAACCUUCAAGUUCAGCCCAAAGUAUUACUCUCCUGAAGGCUAUCACUACCAAAUAAUGUUGCAGCUGAAUGUUGAUCGGUUUGGCAUCUAUGUACGUCUGGUCUCGGGAGACUAUGAUGAUCAGCUGCAAUGGCCUUGUCCAUGGAGACAAGUGACCUUCUUACUGCUCGACCAGAACCCCAAUAUUCAGCAACGCAUGUCAAAACAAAGAAGCAUCACCACAGACCCAACAUUGACAAAUGAUGAUGGAAAUUAUUUUUGGGGCAACCCUCGUGAGGUUGGAAAUCGACAAACAGAUGAGAAUGGAGAGUUCUAUGCUGGGAAUGGUUAUGGCACAUCUGUUUUCAUGACUUUGAAAGAUCUUAAGACUAGAGAAUUCCUUAAGGGUGGAGAUAUUUUCCUUCUUUUCAGCAUGCAAGAUCUCUCCCAGCUGCUCCAGAAUGAUUCCCUCCCAUGUCCCUCAGUGUCUGCACGGAACAUCACUGUGUUUCCUGAUGUACGCGCUGAGCAAGGUCCUUGUUCAGCUAGGUAA